UACUACAUGCAUCUAUUGUAGUGUGUAGGCAUUUGUUAAAAAAUUCCUACCAGAAAAAUAACAUUUUAUUCUAUUCUUGUAUGAUAAUGGAAUGAUGUUGAUUAGACUGUUGCCCUUUUUUUAACCUCAUCACCAGAAAAUGAUUCAAUAUUUAUAUAGUUUACAACUUUUGGUGUUCCUUGUCGUCCUGUCCUGAAUAGCGGAUAUAGAAACAGAAUAAAGAAGGAUGAAAAAAAUGGAGAAGAAUAAUAAAAGAAGAAGGCAAUUAGUCAUUAAUUAGUAAUUGGUACACAUGACUGUACGGUUCAUGAGAGAGGUCUGAGGAAUGAGAAUGGCCAGUCUGGUUUUAUCUGACAGGAAUGUUCUGGUCACUCCAAUAACCACUCUUUACAACCGUGGUGAGCAGAAACGCAUCUCAGGACACACAACGUCAGCUCGAACCAGUCUGGCCAUUGUUCUCUGACUCCUCUUAUCAACAAAGUGUUUCUUACAGGACUGGAUAUCUAUUAUCUAUUAUAUUAUAUAAAUCUCGCUGAAAGUGUCAUGAUCCACCCGACAAGGAACGUCUCAAAAGACAUUAGGACAAGAAAUGCUUAUUAUGAACCAUGUUCAAAGGAUUUAUUUUAAUAAGUCUUGUAUCCCGUCUUAUACCCUUGCUAGGUAUUUUACUAGAAGUUAAACAAUAUCGGGCUAAACCACGUUUAACCCCAUGGCCUCAAAAAAAAAAAAAGUGACAAUAACGGCUGGUUUCAUUAUUAAAAAUGUCCACACUGAGAAGACCACAUAUACUCCAACACCCCUAAUGUUCCAUUGAGGGGUCUUUCUCAUUGCAGAAUUGUGAAAGUUGGUUUCCACUGCACACUCAUCUGUUCCUGCCUCUGAAUGAGGUCUAAGUGGGACUAGGUGACAAUGAGGGGUGGGGGCUGUUGUCUUAGUGGCUUGAGACCUCCCUCUCUUCACAUUUAUACAUUUCAGGGUAAAAAGAAGUUUCUACAGUAUAGACGAGAGAGUCUGAGAAGACAGGAUGAAGCUGAAUUACUUUGCAGGGAUUCUUUUGGCCAUGCAGUGGAUCGUUUGCGUGUCUACGACAGGACAUGGACGCCCAGCAUCAUGUUGUAUAGUCACCAGCACAGACAGGGUCAAUGUUUCAGAAAUUGAGAGCUAUGUGCGUGAAAACUCACCGUGUCACCUCAAAGCUGUAAGGUUCCUAUUGGUAAACGGCAAAACAAUAUGCUCUGAUCCAAAGGACGCUUGGGCCAAACAUGCCAUAGAGAAGCUGCGUAAAAGAACAACCAUAAAAGUACCCACUACCCCAAAAUCAUGGACUACAAGCACAUCUUCACCAGGAACAAAUACAGAAAGCACAAUAACCAUGACGACACCUAAAGGAACAUCGACCACAUGGAAACCAAGAACAUACAUCACUCAUAGAUCUUCGACUAAAGGACCGCUUAGGAAUACCCACAAGCCACCUCAAUGGACAACAACGCAAAUUCCAACAACAAAGAUGACUACUAUUACAGAUAGGAAGCCAUUGACAACUGAUAUCAAGACAACUUCAAUGACCAUGACGACAGAAAUCCCAGUGACCACGACAACACCUAAAGGACCAUCAACCACCUGGAAACCAAGAACAUACAUCACUCAUAGAUCUUCGACUAAAGGACCGCUUAGGAAUACCCACAAGCCACCUCAGUGGACAACAACGCAAAUUCCAACAACAAAGAUGACUACUAUUACGGAUAGGAAGCCAUUGACAACUGAUAUCAAGACGACUUCAAUGACCAUGACGACAGAAAUCCCAGUGAGGACAACAACACCUAAAGGACCAUCAACCACAUGGAAACCAAGAACAUACAUCACUCAUAGAUCUUCAACUAAAGGACCGCUUAGGAAUACCCACAAGCCACCUCAGUGGACAACAACGCAAAUUCCGACAACAAAGAUGACUAUGACCACGACAACAACUAAAGGAACAUCAACCAAGGAAAGACCAGUCCAGAAACCAUCCACACCGAAAAUUAAACCACGGAUAACACGCUGCCCACCAAUCGUGAUCUCCGAGCAAGACAAGCUCAAGGGAGAGUCCAGCAGCACCUCAGGAAAGAAGAAAAUUCCAUGGACAGUCAGACGUUUGAAAAAGAAAAGUAAGAAGGGACUAAGGAGAGCACAGAUGAACUCCAGGAGUGACAAAGAAUGUGUAGAACGUUGACCAGUUUGGUUCUGAGAUCUUUUUGAGACUGUAAGGUUAAAGGUUAAGAAUCUUAUGCCCUUGGAGAUGACCGCAGAACAUUGUGAGAAAAGUCUUGCGGUUAUUCUUCACCCAAUUUCGUCUGUGCACUUUCUUUCCAUGUUGACUCAUUCGAUGUCAGAUCAGUGCCACUAGGACUUUUAAGACUUUUGACACACUGACAUGGGCAUGAUGAGUAUUGCGCAAUGAUGCUCAUGCUAGGUUUCUGAUCAAUCCAUGGGUGAACUGUACAGAUUUGCAGAUUUACAUUUAAAUUUAUGUUUACAUUUAUUGGCAGAGAUCAUUAUCCAUAGCGACUUAAAGAAAUGCUUUGUAGACUCCAAGGUCAGGGUUGAAGAAUACAAGCUAAAACCAUGUUCAAGAGGAGGUAGUAGUAGUAGGGGUGAAUUUUACUUUCCUUUUUUUUUCUUUUGUUUUGUUCUCAUGUAAGUGCUUAGUGAAUCCAGCCAGGGGAAAUGGAUUCCACCACUCAAUGGGUGCCAUUACAGAGAUGCCAACAAAUUGUAACCAUAAAUAAUCAUAGAUCCAUGAAGAUCUUUAAGUGUAACUGAACUGUACAUAAUCACAAAUAUGCGUAAUAAUGUAGAUCAAUAGAAUUUUAUGCUACGCAUUAUUAUUAUUAUUAUUAUUAUUUUUUACUAUUUAGGUGCAUUGAAUGUGAUAUAUAUAUAUA